AUGUCCGUUGAGGAGGUGCAGAACGCCGCGGCGAUGGCCGACGAGGAGAUCCCGACGCUCGAGGCGGCUGAGGUGCCACAGAACGCGAAGCAGUCGAAGCGCUACGCCAAGGCCAUGGCCAAGAUGGGCCUCAAGCCGGAGCCCAACAUCACGAAGGUCACCAUUCGCAAGGUUGGCUCCCUGUCCUUCGCCAUGGUGCAGCCAGAGGUGUACCGCUUCCCUGGCACCAACACCUUCGUCAUCUUCGGCGAGGCGCAGCUGGAGGACACAAGCGCGCUGGCGCAGGAGGCGGCUGCCCGCGCUGCCGUCUCUGGUGCCGCGUCGGCUUCCUCCGACGCCGCUGCAUCUGUGCCGGCGGCGGAGGAAGAUGACGACGAGGAGGUGGACGCCGGCGACCUGGACGAGAAGGAGAUCAACGUGGUGAUGAGUCAGGCGAACGUGUCUCGCAGCAAGGCCAUCAAGGCCCUCAAGAACAACAACGGCGACAUUGUCAACACCAUCAUGGAGCUGACCAUGUAG